AUGCCUAAGAAGGCCGUCCCAGAACACCACACCCUCUCCGACGAUUCCUCUUCCAUUUAUGGAUCCUCCGGCGACGAACAAAGCGAUGGUCUGUACGACGAUAGCCCACACGUAGUUGAUGAAGAUUUACACCAAUGUUACAUCUGCGGCUUCGCAUUCUACUCACGGAUAUACUCGAAUGACCGCUACACUAACGAUGCAAAUGAAGUCGGAAUGGUCAUUGAUUAUAACUCCGCCGAAUCUAUAGUUCUCUACAGUGUGAAGACUGGUAAAUGCCAGAUAUCAGGUGUUGCGAUACCGUUGGAAAAUUAUGGACCCUUCCAUGUCCCAUGGAAGAAAGCCGAUGGUUAA